AUGCGUCCCUGGACUCUGGUGACCCUCCUCUUCGCCGGCCUGGCAAUUGCCUCCCCGGUUGAGAGUGUCGCCGAUGACGGUGCCAUCGCGACAGACGGAAAUCCCAAGGGAGGACCCCAGCCGGGCAAGGACGAUCCCGAUAGAUGGUGCAAGCCGCAGUACCAUGACUGCAUGAGGCACUGCAACGGCAGAUACCGCGAGUCGUGCGAAAAGGUCCACAUUUCUCGACGUUCCUUUUGGCCCGAAAUAAUCAAGUAG